AUGAAGUUAUCGCAACUUGCUCUCCUUCUUCUUCCAGUAUGGGCUUGCGCCUACACCGAGGCCGACUAUGACACUGGUAAAGUGCACCAGAUGAUCAUGGAUCGCAAACAUGCAUCAUGGGACAAGCACAGAAAAUGGGGCGAAUACAACAGCAAGAAAUGGAAGUCGUUCCUCAAGAAUCACAAGGACAAGGAUGUCGUCAGGUGCAACAGCAGAGGUCUUGCAGUCGUUGAACCUGGCAAUCCUGCAGAGACUUUCAGAUGCAAGAACAUCGACUACUACGACUUCAAAAGCCAUGCAGACCUUGGUUCCUUCGCCGGAGAAGGCUCAUCUUCAUGGGGAUGGGUGUCUCCAAAUGGCCGAGAGUUUGUCGCAAUCGGUCAGGCAGACGGUACCGCUUUUGCCGAAAUCACGAGAGAUGGCAAGCUAGUCUACCUUGGUCGCCUUCCUCAGCAAUCCGUCUUCUCGAUCUGGAGAGAAAUUCGCUCGUACAAAAACUACAUGGUCAUCGGAUCCGAAGCUCGCAAUCAUGGCAUCCAGUUCUUUGACAUGAACAAACUGUUGGACAUCAACCCAAGAUACCCCAAGAACUUCAGCAUCACUGCCGAUGUGACAGGUCUCUUCACUGACCUCCCCGUUGGUCGCACUCACAAUGUUGUCAUCAAUGAAGAACUCGGCUACGCUGUCUCUGUCGGCGCUCAACCUCGCAACAGCACCUGCCGCGCUGGUCUCAUCUUCAUCGACAUCGACGACAUUACGAAGCCAGUGUCACCCGGCUGCGCUGGCCAGGAUGGCUAUGUCCACGAUGCUGAGUGUCUCGUCUACCGCGGUCCCGACAAGCGCUACUAUGGACGCGACAUUUGCUACGGCUACAACGAAGAUACAUUGACCAUCUACGACGUGACUGACAAGACUGGCGUCAAUUCGUCCAAGAUCAUCUCUCGCACUCCAUAUGUUGGCGCUGCCUACACUCACCAAGGCGCCGUUCUCAACCGCGACUGGCAGGAAUACCUUGUCCUCGACGAUGAACUCGACGAAGAAGACCGCACUGGCCCAGCUGCUGAACAGUUCCCUGUCACUUACAUCUUUGACAUUCGCAAUCUGGAGAAACCCGUCAACACCGGCUUUUACAAGUCCAAGCAAAAGGCCAUCGACCACAACCAAUACGUCUACGAUGGCCUUGUCUACCAGUCCAACUACGCAGCCGGUCUUCGCGUCUACGAUGUGAGCGGUAUUCCUGCCGACCCUACUGGUGGCAAUGUAGAUGAAGUUGCAUACUUUGACAUCUAUCCCGAGGAUGACAACACUGAUGGUUUGGUCGAUUUUGUCGGUACUUGGAGUCAUUAUGCCGGGUUCCCUUCUGGUUAUAUCAUGAUCAACACAAUCGAAAGAGGUGUUUUUAUUGUCAAGAUGAACAAGUUCGGCAAGAAGGGUCAUGGCAAGUGGUGGAACAAGCCCAGGAAGUGA